CAGCUAAGUUUUUUUUGCUGCCGAUGCUCGUGCUGGAGGUUCUGCCUACUCGCCAUUCUGGAUAGCGGCGGUGGAAAAAACGGACAGAAGGAGAAAGAACAAGGAGGCACGGACUUUGGGGCGAGUGAACGGGGCAGGAUAAGCGAGGCAGCGACAGGCAGCGCGUUUACCGGGCCGUUAGUUUUGUGCACAUCGUCUUAAGUGCGCACGAGAGUGUUACUGAGCCGCGGCAGCGCUCUGUAGGAGAGAGAGACCGGAGGGACGGGAACGGUAGUUUAGCAUGGAUCACCAUCAUCAGCAACAUUAUCAUCAUCAGUACGAUGGAGAAAAUGACUACAUGCAGCAGGAAGACGAUUGGGACCGGGAUAUGCUACUCGACCCCGCCUGGGAGAAACAGCAACGAAAGACAUUUACAGCAUGGUGUAAUUCUCAUCUACGGAAGGCGGGAACGCAGAUUGAAAACAUUGAGGAGGAUUUUAGAGACGGGCUCAAACUCAUGCUGCUCCUAGAGGUCAUCUCAGGAGAACGAUUGGCCAAACCAGAGAGAGGAAAAAUGAGAGUCCAUAAGAUUUCCAAUGUGAAUAAAGCUCUGGACUUCAUCGCCAGCAAAGGAGUCAAAUUGGUUUCUAUUGGAGCAGAGGAGAUUGUUGAUGGAAAUGCAAAAAUGACUCUGGGAAUGAUCUGGACCAUCAUCCUUCGCUUUGCCAUCCAGGACAUCUCAGUGGAGGAGACCUCAGCUAAGGAAGGCCUGUUGCUGUGGUGCCAAAGAAAAACAGCUCCCUACAAAAACGUUAACAUUCAGAAUUUCCAUAUCAGUUGGAAGGAUGGAUUGGGGUUCUGUGCACUCAUUCACAGACAUCGUCCAGAGCUCAUUGAUUACGGUAAACUGCGCAAGGAUGACCCAAUGACUAAUCUGAACACAGCCUUUGACGUUGCUGAGAAAUACCUGGACAUACCAAAGAUGCUGGAUGCAGAAGAUAUUGUUGGUACAGCCCGUCCUGAUGAGAAGGCCAUCAUGACCUACGUUUCUAGCUUCUACCAUGCCUUUUCUGGGGCGCAGAAGGCCGAGACAGCAGCAAAUCGGAUCUGCAAAGUGUUGGCUGUCAAUCAAGAGAAUGAGCAGCUGAUGGAAGACUAUGAGAAACUAGCAAGUGAUCUCUUGGAGUGGAUUCGCAGAACCAUCCCGUGGUUGGAGAACCGUGUUCCUGAGAACACUAUGCAGGCCAUGCAGCAGAAGUUGGAGGAUUUCCGGGACUACCGGCGACUUCACAAACCGCCCAAAGUUCAGGAGAAAUGUCAGCUGGAGAUCAACUUUAACACACUGCAGACUAAACUCCGCCUCAGCAACCGACCUGCAUUCAUGCCCUCAGAGGGGAAGAUGGUGUCGGAUAUCUCUAAUGCUUGGGGAUCUCUGGAGGGAGCAGAGAAGGGUUAUGAAGAGUGGCUACUUAAUGAGAUCCGCAGACUGGAGAGACUCGACCAUCUCGCGGAGAAAUUCCGUCAAAAAGCCGCCAUCCACGAGGCCUGGACUGAAGGUAAGGAGGAGAUGUUACAGCAGAGAGACUACGAGACAGCGUCCUUGUCUGACAUCAAAGCUCUGCUGAAGAAGCACGAGGCAUUUGAGAGUGACCUCGCAGCUCAUCAGGACAGAGUGGAGCAGAUCGCUGCCAUCGCACAGGAGCUCAAUGAGUUGGAGUACUAUGACUCUCCCAGCGUAAAUGCUCGCUGUCAGCGGAUCUGUGAUCAGUGGGAUUCACUGGGAGUUUUGACUCAUAAACGCAGUGAGGCCUUGCAGAGGACUGAGAAACUAUUGGAAACGAUUGAUCAGCUGUACCUGGAGUUUGCCAAAAGGGCAGCGCCCUUUAACAACUGGAUGGAGGGAGCCAUGGAAGAUUUGCAGGACACUUUUAUUGUCCACACCAUUGAGGAGAUACAGGGUCUCAGCACAGCCCAUGAGCAGUUUAAAGCCACACUGCCUGAGGCGGAUAAGGAACGACAGGCCAUCCUGGGCAUCCAUAAUGAAAUUGUUAAAAUUGUGCAGACAUACCACGUCAACAUGGCUGGCACCAACCCCUACACCACCAUAAACCCACAGGAAAUAAAUGCCAAAUGGGAUAAGGUGAGGCAGUUAGUACCCCAGAGAGAUCAGGCCCUGAUAGAGGAACACGCCCGUCAGCAGAACAACGAGAGACUGCGCAGACAGUUUGGUAAUCAGGCAAAUGUCAUUGGUCCCUGGAUCCAGACCAAGAUGGAGGAAAUUGGCCGAAUCUCUAUCGAGAUGCACGGGACCCUGGAGGAUCAACUGACCCAUUUGCGGCAGUAUGAGAAGAGCAUCGUAAACUACAAACCAAAGAUUGACCAGCUCGAGGGAGACCACCAACUAAUACAGGAAGCACUUAUAUUUGACAACAAACACACAAACUACACCAUGGAGCACAUCCGUGUGGGUUGGGAGCAGCUUCUCACCACCAUUGCUCGCACCAUUAAUGAAAUUGAGAACCAGGUUCUGACCCGUGACGCCAAAGGCAUCAGCCAGGACCAAAUGAAUGAGUUUAGAGCCUCGUUCAAUCACUUCGACCGAGACCACUCGGGCAAGCUGGGCGCUGAAGAGUUCAAAGCCUGCCUUAUCAGUCUGGGCUACGACGCACAGAAGAGAACAGGCAUGAUGGAUGCAGAGGAUUUCCGAGCCUGCCUCAUCUCCAUGGGUUAUAAUAUGGGAGAGGCGGAGUUUGCUCGCAUCAUGAGCAUUGUGGAUCCUAACAGAUUAGGAGUGGUCACAUUCCAGGCUUUCAUUGACUUUAUGUCUCGUGAGACAGCCGACACAGACACUGCUGAUCAGGUCAUGGCAUCAUUUAAAGUUCUUGCUGGAGACAAGAACUAUAUCCUGGCAGAUGAGUUGAGACGUGAGCUCCCCCCUGAUCAGGCCGAAUAUUGCAUCGCCCGUAUGACGCCUUACACUGGACCUGGCGCUGUCCCGGGAGCUCUCGACUAUAUGUCCUUCUCCACCGCCCUGUACGGUGAGAGUGACCUUUGAACCAUAACUCCUGAAUGUGGGGUGCUAAACCUGCCUUCUGAUAUAAACACACACAAAUGCUCAUAUUCAUACACACACACAUUGCUUGCACACUAUGAGAGUACAAAUUGUUCUUCAGUGCUGUUCUAGCACCAACAAGCAGAGCAGCAGGACUGGUCCCAGAUCAGCCAAUCAGAGCAGCUUCCUUCAGCAACACUCAAUGACAUUCAUCAUUUUUGUAUCCUCCUGUUAGCCCAGGCCCAUUCUGUGUGUCAUAUACAACUUCCUGCUCUUUCUCCAGCCAUUUUCAUGAAGUCUGUUUAGACUAUCUUCAAGAUUGUCGAUUCAGAGAGGGGAAAUCUCUCACCCCUGUCUUUGCUUGAAUUUCAGAAAUGCAGUUUAAGAGCAUCAUGUCACACUUGUCACCCGUGUGAAACUGCAUGACCAUGUGGUUCCAAUUGUUUAACUUUUUUUAAAUAAAUGCUUGUAGUUUUUGAACUUCUCGCGAUGGAGAGUCAGACAUCAUGAACAGAUUAUCAUCUUUCUGCUUCCAAGCGCAAUAUUGUAAAACUCCCCCCGGGAGGAAUGUUUUCUGUAUUUUUACUCCAAUUUUUUUGGUUUGUUGUAUUUUUUCCCCUCUUCAUAAAGGAAUAAAGUUAAGAUAUUUUAUUAUACAGAACAAAAAAGGUAUUUUUCUUCACCUGAUUAAAAAAACCUUAAAAAGUUAUGAAAAUUUAAAUAAAGAAAAAAAUCACA